AAUUACAUUUGAUUGCAGUUGCUGAAAAGGAUUUUUUUUACAUGAUACUCAUGUGAUUCUCACCUGAUUCUUCCGUGCAUUGUUUCUAAAACUCCUCCCCUUUUUGAAAAAGUGAAUAAAUACACCGUCUCCAGGACUGCAGCUCAUACUGCGAGAAGCUGUACUUUCAGAGUUCUCUCAAUUCUCCAGACGACACCAGUCUUCACAUCGUCGCCAAUCAGCGCAACCAUGUCUCUCCCGACAAGCCACGACCUGCACAUCCAUGGCUCCAUCAACGGUUUGGAGUUUGAUAUGGUGGGAGGAGGAAGCGGCAACCCGAAAGACGGGUCCGUGGAGACCCGUGUGAAGUCCACCAAAGGUGGCCUGCAAUUCUCCCCGCUAAUCGUGGGCCCCCAUCUGGGGUACGGGUUCUACCAGUACCUGCCCUUCCCCAGCGGACCGUCGCCUUACCAGGCCGCCAUGAAGGACGGAGGGUACAAGAUGCACCGUACCAUGCAGUUUGAGGACGGCGCCGUUCUGACUGCCAACUAUCGUUACACCUACGAGGGCGGCAAGAUCAAAGGAGAGUUCCAUCUGGUUGGCAGCGGUUUUCCCGCCAACGGACCCGUGAUGACCAACUCCCUGGCCUCUCAGGAUCGGUCCGUGGCGAAGCUGACGAGUGUCGACGAUCACACCGUGGUCGAAAACAUCGACUGGGCCUACCGCACCAGCGACGGCGGAAGCUACCGUGCCAAUGUGCGGACCAACUGCACCUUCGGCAGGCCGGCCGCUGGCGUCAAGGGGAACAUGCCCAUGUUCGUGUUCCGUCAGCUGGAGAUCUCGGGCUCCAAGAGCGAGAUCAGCCUGCAGGAGAGGCAAAAGGUGUUCUCCGAGGUGUAGGGAGCGCCCUGCACGCCGGCAACGGAUUGUAUUUGCUUUAAACUUCCUGAGAUAGAUUUCACUGUAUCUCUGAGAUAGAUUUCACUCUGUUUCUGAGAUAGAUUUCACUCUAUCUCUGAGAUAGAUUUCACUCUAUUUCUGUAGUAAGGCCACACUGAUUUAAUUUCAUGUCAUCCGCGCGCAUAUCAACCUGAUAUUCACUAGUACGGAACGUUUCCUGCAUGUAUUUAAAACACUUGAAACACUGAACACUCAUCUGUGUAUGUGAUGAAAAAAAAAGCUUUCUAUCUUAACUAAAAUGGUGGCUGGGCAAAUUUGAAACAAU